AUGGCAAAUAAAAUCAAAGUUUCAUCUGAAUCGGAUCCAGUACCUGUAUCAACAAAUACAGUCGGUUAUAUGACGACCAUCACAUACAAUCCAUGUUAUGGAUGUAGUGUUGCUCAUCGACAAAUUCCAAUAACUCCUCUUCGUCAACUAGAAUUAAAAAAUGAAUCCUCAUUACCUAUAAAACAAAAAGAAUCUUCUACAACAAUAAUGAUUCUAUCUCAACCUCAAUCAUCACCAAUUAUUCAUUUUGCUAAUCAACACUAUCUACAAAAACAGUCAUUUUUUCUUCUUCAACAACAAUAUGCUGUAUUAGAUAAUCUUCCUCAAUCAACUCCAAUAUCAUCUUCAAUAUUACCAUUAAAUAUUCUUGAUAAUCCACGUCCAAAAGAAAUUCCAAAUGAAAAAAUGACCCCAUUAAAAACAAAACUAACAAUUCGAUUUGAAUUAUUUUCAAUAACUAAUGAUCAAAUUAUUUAUCGACCACCACCACCACCACUUCUUGCACUCUCUCAAACUAUUCGAAGAAAAUAUCUUGAACAAUUAAUUGAAAUAAAAUUAAAUAAUCAAUUACGAUCUAUUAAAGAUUUACCAAUUUCACCAACAAAUUAUUCAUUUGUUUUUCAUGGAAUUAUAUCAACGUAUAUUUUGAGAAUAAAAAAAAAAAAAAAUUUCAUUUUUUUUUUUUUUUUUGAUGACAAUUAG